AUGCUGAUCCCAGCCAUCCUCAAGAACAGCACGACUGGCUACAAAAACGUGAGCUACAAACGCCGCGAGCAGAAGUUUGAGGCGAAGGUGAACGAUGGCGGCAAGCGUGUCUCCCUCGGCCACUUCGACACCGCCGAAGAGGCGGCCGUUGCCUACGCUCGCUCAGAGUACGGCCGCGCCGACGCCGCAAAGCUGCUGCAGCCCCGCGCUGCCCCCUCUGCCGCUGGCGCAGAGGCGAUACGGCAGGCGGAGAGGGAGGGGCUGACUCUGGCCGCCAGCAGCAGCGGCAGCAGCGGCUACAAGGGCGUCAGUUACUGCCCCAAGCAGAGCGGCACCAAGAAGUACGAGCUGAGGGUGAAGAUUGGCGGCAAAGAUGGCCUCACGCUGGCUACGAGCAGAAGCAGCAACAGCGGCUACAAAGGCGUGCAGUUCAAGCCGAAGCAGCAAAGCAGCAAUACGUACGAGCAGCAGGUGAGUGUUGGCAGCGUCGAGGGGCGGCGCCAGCUCUUUGCGCAGCAGCAGAGGAGGAGGCACCUCAUUUGCGUGGACGACAAUAAAUAA